CGAAAAACGAAUACUGAGUGAAAAAAAGAGUGAAGUGAAAUUUCCAUUUCCGUUCCCCAAAGAACUCAGAAUUCAAGAAAUUUCGAUUCAUCAUCAAAUCGUUUUUCACCUCAGAAUUUUCUCUCUAUCUUCUGUUAUUUAAAUUCAAAGGUGUUUAACAAUGGUGGAAUCUUCAAGGCUUCUACCUGGCAGCAGCAGUUUCAGAAUCAGACCCGAAUCAAGGGGUCUGCUCCAAUCGAUCCCUGCAAUUCUCUCAUCCCACCGUAUCCUACUCGCCGUAAUCUGGGCCGUCGGAUUCAUCCUCAUAAUCUCCUGGCAGAAGUUAGCCGUCGAUAGCUUCUGGGCCCCACCUCCCCGGCCGAUUCCCAGGCUCCGGCCGAUCGUUUUCAAUCUCACCGAUUUCGGAGGGGUGGGCGACGGCGUCACUCUGAAUACCAAGGCUUUCGAGACGGCGGUUUCCGAGAUCCGCCGCCGUGGUGGUGGGCAGCUCAACGUUGAGCCCGGCCGCUGGCUAACGGCGCCGUUUAACCUCACUAGCCACAUGACUUUGUUUCUGGCCCAAAACGCCGUCGUUCUCGGAGUUGAUGAUGAAAGGUACUGGCCACUGAUGCCUCCUUUACCUUCUUAUGGUUACGGAAGAGAACGAGCUGGACCGCGUUACGGAAGUUUGAUCCACGGCCAGAAUCUGAGAGAUGUUGUAAUAACAGGGCAUAACGGUACAAUCAACGGACAAGGUCAGACAUGGUGGACCAAGUAUCGAAAGAAUCAAUUGAACCACACUCGGGGCCCACUCGUGCAGCUAAUGUGGUCGAGAGAUAUUCAUAUAUCUGAUGUGACUCUUCGUGAUUCUCCGUUCUGGACUCUUCAUCCUUACGACUGUCAGAAUGUUACUAUCAGAAACGUCACGAUAUUGGCUCCACUCUCUGGUGCACCAAAUACCGACGGAAUUGAUCCCGACUCAUGUGAGAAUAUGUUGAUAGAGGAUUGUUACAUAAGUGUGGGUGACGAUGGAAUUGCAAUCAAAAGCGGAUGGGAUCAGUAUGGAAUCGCUUACGGGCGCCCUUCUUCCAACAUUCUCAUACAUAAUGUCAUUGUUCGCUCUAUGAUAAGUGCAGGAGUAUCGAUAGGCAGUGAAAUGUCAGGUGGAGUCUCGAAUAUAACAAUCGAAAAUCUCCUCGUUUGGAACUCGAAAAGGGGCAUUAGAAUCAAGACGAGCGCAGGUAGGGGCGGAUAUGUCCGAAAAAUAAAUUACCGAAAUCUGACACUGGAUAAUGUGAGGGUGGGUAUUGUGAUCAAGACUGAUUACAACGAGCAUGCAGACGAAGGUUUCGAUCCAAAAGCACUUCCGAUUAUCGAAGACAUAAGCUUUGACGGGGUCCGCGGAAACGGGGUUCGAAUUCCCGUUCGAAUCUACGGAAGCCCGGAAAUUCCGGUGAGGAAUGUCACUUUUCGAGACGUGUUGAUCGGAAUUACUUACAAGAAGAAAAGAAUAUUCCAGUGUUCUUUCGUACAGGGGCGUGUGAUUGGUAGGAUUUUUCCUGCCCCGUGCGAUGAUCUUGAUUUGUACGAUGAAGAAGGGAAUCUUGUGAGGCGGUCGAAGGUGACGUCUUUGAAUAAUGUUACGGAGGUGGAUUAUGAUUCGUGAGGGAUUGGAAGGUUCUAGAAGUUUCCGGAGAAGAUUGUUGAAUGGCAGAUUUGUUUGAGGUUUGGUUCAGUGUGGAAUGGGGAAGAAGAUGUUAGAACCUCCUCAAAAGCGUCGUGUUUCUGUCGUAAUAUCGGACGAGGUGGUACUAUGAGACUUUGACAGUGUUCAAGAAAGAAAGAGUUGAAAGUUAUGAACUUUGUCCAAAUUGGAAAGUAAACAAUUGAAGAUGUGUAGUUUCAGAAAUGCUUGCAGUUGAAAAGAAAAAUGUAUAGAUGUAUGUAUUUAUGUAUUUUUUUUUUGAGGAAAAAACGAGAUUUUAU